AUGAAUAACUAUACAGACAACUUUUUAACUCCGGAAUCCGAAGUUUUACAAAAAAUUGGACGAAUCACAGCAAAGAUUGCCUACUACAAUUUUGAUUGGCGUUAUAUCACUCUUGUUAUGUUCAAUAGUUUACAAUAUUUGGUUGCAAUGGAGUCAUUUUUGAGUAAUUACAAACAAUCAGUGGUGUUGAAAUUUGGAAAAUUCAUCCCUACCCGUCGGUACAAUGUACCUCAGUAUAUAAUAUUUGGAAAAGAUACCGCAGCUUUGAUUGAUAUAGUUAAAUGGCUGGAUAAAUCAAAAUAUGAUAAUUCAGGGAAAUAUAUCAUCAUUUGCACGUCACCAGACAGUGAAGAUUGUGGAGAGUCCUUAAUUUUUAAAGCACUGUCUAAACUGUUAAUUAUAAAUGUCGUAUAUUUAAGAGCACAUACCAUAGAUGAAUUUAUGGCAUUCUCUUAUGAAAUUGUCCUUCCAGAAAAAUGCAUCAAUAGCGAAGCAUAUACUUUAAACAUAACAGACGAAUGUGCUUCAGAUGAUUGUUUUAAAGAAUUGUAUCCGGAGAAAUUGAAAAACUUUUUUGGAUGCCCACUUAUUGUAUCUACUUUUGAGCAACCCCCGUUUAUGUAUUUAAAUAAUGAUACUAUGGAACCAUCUGGAGGUGAUGGUGAUGUUAUUAAAUUAGUUGCUAAAGUUUUGAAUGCAACAUUGGAAAUAAAGACACCCAUAGAAGGCAAUGACGCUGGCGCGUAUGAACACGAUAAUUGGACGGGUUCUUUAGGGGACGUUUUCAAUGAUCGCGUUCACGUGUCAAUUUGCUCUUUACCAGUAACCGCAAACAUGUAUGGUAAUUUCACAAUUUCUUUCAUUUAUAAUUCUAUGGACAUAGUUUGGACUGCACAAUUGCCAGCAAUCAAGCCAGCGUGGCAGAAACUUUUAAUCCCAUUUGAAACAAAUUUAAGAAUAGCUUUAUUCUUCAUCUUCGUUGGAGUUGUUAUAUUGAAUGCUUUCACAAAAUCUAGUACUUGGAGAAAAAUUAGGCAAGUCGUUAAAAUAAGUCCUAUAAGGUAUAAUUUACUAUUUUAUUCAUGGGCGUUGUUUUUAGCUAUACCGAUAUUGAGAGUGCCUAAAAAGCGACCUCUUUUACUGAUUGUAUAUACUUGGAUAUGGUUUUGUUUUAUCGUAAGAAAUGCUUACCAAUCAGUGCUAAUACGUUCAUUGAAGAACGAAAAUUAUGAAAACUUCCUCUCUGACUUUGAGAGCGUAUUAAAAAGUAAAAAACCAUAUGGAGGUCUUGCCACAUUUAGGGAAUAUUACAAAGAUGAGCCAGUUAUUUAUAAAAACUGGAUACUGUUAGAUUAUGAUGAAGCGACUGAUAAAUUAGAUAGAAUUUCUGGUGAAAGUACUGAUUUUGUUUUGGCAAUCAAUAAGGAAAUUGUUGUUGAAAAUUUGAUAGCGCACAAUGGUCUAAGGCAAUUGCAAAUUUUACCUGAAAAGAUUGUCAAUAGUCCCACAGUAAUGUAUUUCAAAAAGCAUUCCGUUCUUACUCAAACAGUUGAUCACGUUUUAAGCAUUUCUGUAGAAGCAGGCUUAACUCAAUUUACUUAUUCAAGAUAUGUUAAGCACAAGAAACUAUUAUUUAAGAGACAAGUUAAAAACAAAAGGAAAUCUCUCACUUUUAAUAACUUUAAAGCUUGCAUGUUUUUGAUGGGUUUUGGAUGGGGUUUAUCUAUUAUAUUUUUUGUAGCCAAGCGUUCUGUGGACAUUUUGUAA